AUGGAUCAAAAUUCCUUUUAAAUUAGAUGCUAACGUAAGCAUUUCUUAAAAGAUAAACAUUAUCAUCUCUUAAUUGAUGAUAAUCGCAUAUAAAUAUCACAAGUAAGAAAAAUUUCACACUAAAAGAGUCAGUAAACUUUCAAUAAUCUAAGUACAUCCUUGAUUUAACAUUCCAAAAUUUAGUUUUUUGGAAAACUGAAUAAAAUUAAUUGAUUGCAUUUGGCAUAAAAUAUAAUAAAGUCCUUAAAUGGUUUCAUGCUGAAAAGAAUAAUCUAGAAGCAUUGUAUAGAGAAUUACACACUCGCAUAUUCUUUGGAAAUAUAUCAGCAAUAUAUGAGAGUAAGGAAAUGCUUGGAUCUGGAGCUUCAUGUAAAGUUUAUAAGGUUGUUAAUAAGAUAACACAUUAUGAAUUUGCAUCAAAAUGCAUCAGAAAAGAUUAUAUUUAUAAAAGGGAUGAUAAAGAAAGAUAUGUAUGAGAUUUUAAUAUCAAAGAAUCGUUUAUUGUAAGAAAUAGAGUUAAUGAGAUUAAUCGAACAUGAUUCAAUUGUUAAAAUGGUUGAUAUUUAUGAAGGAGACAAGUCAUACUAUAUUAUAAUGGAAUUGCUCAAAGGUGAAACCCUAUAUUAAUUCAUAAAAAAGACAUAAUUGAACAUAUUUUAAAUAAAGGCAGUCAUGAUUGUAUUGAUUAUUUAAAAACCAUUAGAGAUGCCUUAAAGCACUAUCUUAUUUAAAUUUCCUUAAUAUUAUUCAUAGAGAUUUAAAAUUAGAAAACUUAGUACUUCUAGAAUCAAAUAAUGUAGAGACAGUAAAGAUCAUAGAUUUUGGUUUAGCCAUCCCAUUAUCAACUCCUCAUCGACAAUUAUGUGGUACUCCUGGAUAUAUUGCACCAGAAAUGUUUAUUGAUAAAUAUCCAUAUACAACAAAAGUUGAUAUGUUUAGUUUAGGUGCUAUAUUUUAUAAGCUUCUAAGUAGAAGAUCUUUAUUUAGUGGGAAUAAUAGUGAUGAAAUUCUUGAAAAUAAUAAAAGAUUUAAGUGUAAUAACCAUCUUAAGAGCUGUUCUAAUGAAAUUUUAGAUUUAUUGAAAUAAAUGUUAUAAAAAGAUCCAAAUAAAAGAAUUUCUCCAGAAUAAGCUCUAUUACAUCCCUUUUUUGAAGAAUCUAUUUAAGGUAACAUAGUAUGUAACUUUCUCAAUAGGAGACUUAGGAGUUGCAGAUGAAAGCCCACAUGAAAUCGUUAGAACAUUUCCCCAUAUUAAACCUAUGUAGAUUACUAAUUCUAAUGAUAAUAUAGCGGAAAUCAAGAUUUAAGUUAUUAGAGGAAGUCAACCUAGUUUUGAAUAAAGUUUAGGAUCAAAUUACUUUCCUUCUUUUGAUGAAAUUAAUAAAAAAUCAAGAAAUGGCAGCGAUCAUAUUAUAGAAUGA